AUGUCCGGCAUCAAUCCUGAGCUCGAGGAGGCCUUGCGCAAGCUAGACGAGGAGCUUGAGGAGGGGGACAUCACGAGAAAAGGCUACGAAAAGAGGCGGACUCUCAUCCUUUCCCAAUUCAUACCACCUCUGGACACGACAUCGCCGUCGCAGUCGCAGUCACAGCCACGCGGAUUGCGCAUACACUCUCCUGACGACAGCGACCAUCCCGCCUCCAAUGACGCCUCAAGGGCGGCAUCUCUUGCUGCUCUCACAGGCCGGCCGGUCAGUGAGGCGGCGAGAAAUGGAGCCAUUCCCGAGAGCUAUCCCAGCAUGAACCGUCCCGGCUCGAUGCUCAGGGACGAACAGAUGGAUGACCCUAGGCGGAGUACCACACCUCAAAGUCAUGUCCAAAGAUUUCAAGAGCGUGAAGCUGGCGAGACAUCGCGAGGGUCCUUUUCCGGGCCGGCGCAGGAUCAAAGACAACAGACCUUUCUGACCGCGACUGAUCAGUCACGUACGCAGACUCUACUGAGCCAAAACUAUGCCUUCAACCCCGAUAGUCAGCAGAACUACGCCGCUGCGGAGACUCGCAACUCGACCAUGCUCGACUCUCAGCAGGGUUAUUUUACGGAUUUUGCCGGUCAACAGCGAGAAGACUACCAGGAAAACUACGGGGGGCAUGUUCACAGAUACUCUCAAAGCGAGGUGGCGUCCCCCACGGCGCAGAUGGCACCUCCAUUUUUGGGCGCUGGGGAGCUCCAAGGAGGGGCUGCAAUUCACCAGAUGCCUUUAGAGCCUCGGGAGGUGCCUUUCGCCAUCUGUGACCCUCAUGACUCGAAUGUCGAGAUGUCGAGGUUUGAGAAUAUUGCUGCGGUACUUCGGCAUCGUGCAAAGACGAACCCAAAACAGGCAGCGUACUGGGUUUUGGAUCAAAAAGGCAAAGAGCUUGUGUCCAUAACAUGGGAGAAGCUCUGCAGCAGGGCGGAAAAGGUGGCUCAAGUGAUCCGCGACAAAAGCAGUUUAUACAAGGGCGAUCGCGUCGCGCUCAUCUAUACCGAGAACGAGAUAAUCGAGUUCACGGUGGCACUCCUUGGCUGCUUUAUCGCUGGCGUGGUUGCGGUACCGAUUAAUGAUCUAAAGAACUAUGCGAGGCUGAAUGUCGUGCUCACUUCGACGCAAGCGCACCUAGCGUUGACAACGGAGGCCAACCUGAAGAAUUUCCAGCGAGAUAUCACAGCGGCCAAGCUCAACUGGCCGCGAGGGGUCGAAUGGUGGAAAACCAAUGAGUUCGGAAGCUAUCAUCCCAAGAGAAAAGGCGAAGAGAUCCCCUUGGUGGUGCCUGAUCUUGCUUACAUCGAGUUUUCUACUGCACCCACGGGUGACCUUCGUGGCGUUGUUCUGAGCCACAAGACUAUCAUGCAUCAGAUGGCCACCCUAAGUGCAAUGAUAACCUCCGCGACAAGUAACACGCGAGCGGAUACAUUUAACCCAUCAUUGCGUGACAAGCAAGGCCAUUUAAUCACCGGCUCGAGACAUGGGGAGGUUUUGCUGAGUUAUCUGGAUCCUAGACAGAGCAUAGGGAUAAUCCUCGGCGUGUUGCUAAACAUCUACGGUGGUCACACUGUGAUAUACUUCGACCAGCGGGCAAUCGAGACGGCGGGGUUGUAUGCGAAUCUCAUCACAAAGUACAAGACAACCUUGCUGGUGGCAGACUAUCCGGGCUUGAAGCGAGCGGUCUACAACUAUCAAACAGAUCCGAUGACGACAAGAAAUUUCAAACGCAAUUUUGAGCCCAACUUCAGCAGUGUCAAGUUAUGCAUGAUUGACACAUUGACCGUCGACGUCGAGUUCCACGAGCUGCUGGCAGAUCGAUGGUUGAAGCCCCUCCGGAACCCCCGAGCUCGAGAAAUCGUUGCGCCGAUGCUGUGUCUACCUGAACAUGGAGGCAUGAUCAUCAGUAUGCGCGAUUGGCUCGGUGGGGAAGAACGAAUGGGCUGUUCCCUUACUCAUGAGAUGGAUCAUGAUCAGCAGGUCGAAGAGAAGAAGGAAGACGAAAGCUCUGCACCGAGAACCGGCUUCGGCAGCAGUCUGAUCGGAGGGGGCAGCGCCAAACCGCAGUCCAAAGAGCGUUCGACAGAAGAUCUGGGCGAGGUCCUUUUGGACAAGGAGGCGCUGAAGACGAACGACAUUGUUGUGCUGGCCAUGGGAUCGGAGGCUCGUGCGAAAGCCAGCUCAUUCCCCAAUGCUGUACGCUGUGGCGCCUUUGGCUACCCGAUUCCUGAUGCCACGCUGGCGAUUGUGGAUCCAGAGUCGGGCUUGCUUUGCUCACCGAGUUCUAUCGGCGAGAUCUGGGUGGAUUCUCCCUCGCUCUCAGGAGGAUUUUGGGCGCUUCCCCGGCACACUGAGACCAUCUUCCACGCUCGGCCAUAUUGCUUCCGAGAAGGCGAUCCCACGCCGACCGCAAUCGAUCCCGAGUUCCUCCGGACAGGCCUGCUCGGCUGUAUCAUCGAGGGCAAGGUAUACGUCCUUGGGCUGUACGAGGACAGACUCAGACAGCGGGUCGAAUGGGUUGAACAUGGUGUGGCGGUGCAGGAACACCGCUAUUUCUUCGUGCAGCAUCUCAUUCUCAGUAUCAUGAGGAACGUCCCCAAAAUCCACGACUGUUCGGCAUUCGACUGUUUCGUCAACGAUGAACAUCUCCCGAUUGUCCUCCUUGAGUCUCCUUCUGCAUCGACUGCACCUAUAUCGUCUGGUGGGCCACCAAGGCAGCUCGAUAUUGCUCUCCUUGAUUCUCUGGCGGAGAAGACGAUGGACGUGUUGUAUCAGGAGCAUCAUCUCAGGGUUUACUGCGUGCUGAUCACCGCCCCUGGCAUUCUACCUCGUGUUACCAAGAACGGACGAAGAGAAAUUGGCAAUAUGCUCUGCCGCAAGGAGUUCGAUAAUGGCUCCCUACCUUGUGUCCAUGUCAAGUUCGGUGUUGAGCGAGCUGUCCAGAAUCUGCCUUUCGGGGAAGAUAUCAGUGGUGGUAUCUGGUCCCCAGACUCCAGUGCGGCGCGGGCAGACCUUCUCUAUGACCAAGAUACACAAUGGUCAGGCGUUGAUCCCCGCGAAGUAGUCAUCGAUGACCGUACUUCGACGGCCUUGAGCAAUUUCACGAACAUCUUCGACUUGAUGCAGUGGCGAGUAGCGCGGCAAGCUGAUGAACUCGCAUACUGCACAAUCGACGGACGGGGGAAAGAGGGUAAGGGCCUUACCUGGAAGAAGUUUGACCAGCGAGUUGCAGCAGUAGCAUUGUACCUGCGCAACAAGGUCAAGGUGAAACCGAGCGACCACCUCAUCUUGAUGUAUACCCAUUCCGAGGACUACGUGUUUGCCAUAUAUGCAUGCAUGGUCCUCGGAGCAAUUGCAAUUCCUGUUGCUCCUUUGGACGCCAAUAGGCUCUCUGAAGAUGCGCCGGCUUUUCUGCACAUCGUGGCCGACAUGGGGGUUAAGGCUGUGGUGUGCAACACAGAAGUCGAUCAUCUAUUCCGCCAGAAGAUCGUCUCGCAGCACCUCAAGCAAUCAGCGCAGUAUUUAAAGACGAGCAUUCCAAGCGUAUACAACACCGCAAAGGCCACGAAACAGUCCCAUGGUUGCAGGGAUCUUGGGCUUACUAUCAACCGGUCUUGGAUAUCUCCAUCAAAUCCGGUCAUAAUCUGGACAUACUGGACCCCAGACCAGCGGCGAAUAUCCGUGCAAUUGGGCCACGAUACUAUCUUGGGUAUGUGCAAGGUUCAAAAAGAGACCUGCCAGAUGACCAGUUCCAAGCCUGUGCUGGCGUGUGUAAGAAGCACGGUCGGCAUCGGUUUCCUACACACUGUGCUCCUGGGCGUGUACAAUGGAAGCACCACGUACUUGAUAUCGCCGCUCGACUUCGCGCAAAAUCCAGGAUCACUGUUCCUGGCUCUGUCGAGGUAUAAAGUCAAGGACACCUACGCCACCCCCCAAAUGCUUGACUUUGCCAUGAGCCAUGUUGUUGGCAAGGGUUUCUCCCUGCAUGAGCUCAAGAACCUGAUGAUCGCGGCAGAGAGCAGGCCGCGUCUCGACCUCUUCACCAAAGCGAGACUACAUUUUGCUCAGACAGGACUGGAAAGGACGGCCAUCAACACCAUCUAUGCCCACGUUCUCAACCCAAUGGUCGCUUCUCGAAGCUACAUGGCCAUUGAACCCAUAGAGCUGUGGCUGGACGUGCGCGCGCUCAGAAGGGGUCUGGUUUACCCUGUCGACCCGGACACCGAUCCCACGGCCUUAUGCGUGCAGGAUUCAGGAAUGGUUCCCGUGUCCACCCGCAUCGCCAUUGUUAAUCCCGAAACCUGUCAGCUGUGUCAUGUUGGUGAGUUCGGCGAGAUCUGGGUACAAUCCGAGGCGUGCGCAAAGUCCUUCUACAUGUCGAAACAGCUUUUUGAUGAAGAGCGCUUCAAUGGUCGUAUUGUUGGCGGCGACUUGAACGCGCGAUAUGUACGCACUGGUGAUCUGGGCUUUCUCCAUAAUGUCACCCGACCGAUCGGCCCUGGAAACCAACCAGUAGAGAUGCAGAUUUUGUUUGUGCUGGGCAGUAUUGGAGAGACGUUCGAGGUCAAUGGUCUCAACCACUUCCCGAUAGAUAUCGAGAACAGCAUCGAGAAGUGUCACCGAAACAUCACUCCUGGCGGUUGCGCCGUCUUUCAAGCUGGUGGCAUGGUGGUCGUGCUGGUCGAAGUCUUCAGAAAGGCCUAUCUUGCUUCCAUUGUCCCGGUCAUCGUCAAUGCGGUCCUGCACGAACACCAAAUUGUCGUGGACAUUGUCGCCUUUGUGGGUGAUGGUGACUUCCCACGCAGUCGACUUGGCGAGAAGCAGAGGGGCAAAAUCCUGGCGUCCUGGGUGACCCGCAAAUUGCGUACCAUAGCCCAAUUCGGUAUCCGGGAUACUGACGGAUCUGAGGCGCAGCAUUCUGGAAUCCCUGCUGUUCGUAAAGGAACGAGUGUCAUGGGGAAGAGUCUCAGCCAGCAAGACCAACCUCGGUCUUCCAUGGCUUCAGAGUCGCCGUUCAAUGCCUCGACAGACAUGACUUCUAACCGGGGCAGCAUUGUUCCUGAAGUGCCAUUCAGCUUGCCCCCGAACCACUAUCAGAUUGAUCCAACAGGACAGUAUGAUGGUCCGCCAAGAAACUCGGGAGGCAGCUACGCAGGCGUCGCUCUAAAGGACAAGCCUUACACGCUCCCGGAGGGCAUCGUGGAAAUGCCAACCACGACGUUUGACGAUGCGGCGGAGGGAUCCAACCCAUACAUGACAGACGAGAAAUUCUUUGACCCGAAUGCAGACCCAGACAGCCCAUUCGGAGAGAGCACACCUCCGGCUUCUCAACUUGAGCGCCAGCCUAGUGGCGCCCCUAGGCUGACUCUUGUGAAUCCAGACGACUACUCCAACAAUAGCAAGGACAACACGCCUACGUCGUACACUGCCACCGUCACACCGACAUCUGCGUUUCCUCUUCAAGCCAAAUCUCCUGGCGGAGGAGAAAAGGAGAGUCCGUACGAAGACCAGGGCAAUCCUUUCCGAAAUUCGAUCCCAGCGACGGUGCCGAGCUUUGAUUUCGUGCCCUCUCCAGGCCCCAAACAUCCAGCUCGCCAACAAAUGGCCGGCGCGGCAGCAGCCUAUAACCAAGUGACAUCCCCAACUACUGGCCGUGCUUUGCUGCCGAGUCAACAAGCACGGUACCCAAAGAACAAUCAACCAGAGACGCCACGGGCCCGUCAAGUGAGCGAGUCGUCAUAUGAGGCCCAGGACUUACCGCCCGAGGCCAUGUUUUAUGCGACUGGUUAUGAAGGAAAGCUUCCCGAUAGCGAGUCCCAGGAAGGACAGCGGUCGGAGGGCAAUCGGCCGAGCGUAGAUUUGAGUAGUGUUUCUGGAAGCGUGGCUGUAAGAAGACGGUACGACGGAAGUGCCUAUGACGAUUAUGAGUACUAA